AUGACGGUACCCUCAAACAAUACUGAGGACCAAUCUCAUGGCCAUUCAAAGAAUUUAAUACGCUCAUAUCGAGACGUAGCUGAACAAGGCUCCUCACUGAAAGUCCCAUCCCGGCCCAUAUUCCCUACCACUGCAAGGAUCGCCGUUUCUCUGGGAAAUCAACAAUACGUCCCAGUCACUGCGAAUCUUAGAUCGAAACCAUCCAUCAUUCAUCGUACUAGUAGUUACAAGCACUCUGUUUUUUAUUGUAUACCUAAGGAACAAAGUUUUUUGAUUACAGAAUUCCAAAAAGCUCGCAAUCUCCGUUUUCCUUUUGGAGUUUGUAUAGGUACCCAUGCUACUGAGGAUAGCCAGGGGAAGAUUAUUGAGGUAGUUUUCGCUAACUCCGACUCCGUUGAGAAUGCUUGUCAAACACCAAUUUCAGUGGGGGAUCAUCAAUUCACGGCAAACUCAAUGGCUACCGUUCCAAAGGGUACUAAUUCAGAGCAACUUAUCACUGAAGGACCAACACCAAUCCCUUCUCACUCUACAAAUACAUCCACUUCGGUUUCAUCUAUGGAUUUCUCGACUGAUGAAAAUGAAGUUCAUGAUCAUACCAUCCUAGAAUACACUAUCAAUAAUCCUGAGAAUACUUCUGGCUCUAUUUUGCAACAGCUUAGUCAAACUCCAGCUCAAUCAGAUCCACAAGCUCAAUUGGCAGGUCAAACUCAAGUAGAGCCUCAUGCUCAAUUGGUUUCUCAAACCCAUGAUCUGCAACAGAAAAACCAUUCGGUAAAUCUCAGUUCUUCUAAUACUUCUACUCUACGAAGAUCUACUCGUUCCACUAAAGAACAAUUUCCUCUCUUACCUGAUUCUUUUCAAUCCAAUACUAUCAAGAUUGCUUCCAUUAACUGUCGCAGUCUUGUCAAAAUUAAUAAUCCUACUACUCGGCAAGAUUUUGUCCGCUUCUUACGAAAAGUAACUAAUCUAGAUAUUCUCACUCUACAAGAAACAAAUGCAUCAUCCUUGGAACUUGAAAAAAUUUUAACUAGUCUUUUCAGAUCUCAACAUACAAUGUGGAGUAAACACUGUGGUAUAGUCUGCCUUAACCCUUUACUUCAGCUCCAACCUAUCUUUAUAUCAACGGAUCAACGUGUUCUCAAAUGUACUGUGUCACAUUCACAACGUAUUUUUGAUCCACUUACCAUUGUCACUAUCUAUGCACCUGCUCAGCCUUCAAAACGUCAAUUGUUUUUUUCUCGUAUACUUGAUUUACCUAUUCUUGUUCCAAAAGGAAUCAGUUUGAAUGAUACUCUUAUCAGUAGUAUCACUCUUCCGACACGCACAAUUAUCACUGGAGAUUUCAACUACAAUGCUCAUGAUGGGUCAUCAAAGUCAUUGACUGGAUCUCAGGGGAUGAGUAAUCAUCAACAACGCUGGCAUCAACAUUUACAAUCAAUUUUCCGUAGUUGUUUAGACCCUGCUAAUAAUUUACCUACUUUUCGUCGGGGACAACAAAUGUCAACCAUUGAUUACAUAUUUUCAUCUUCUGAUUUAUACUAUCAAAAGUUUAAACUAGCAAGAGUGGAAACCCAAAUACAAGGUUUACAAGAAGAAAUGGUAGCUAAUGAUGCCUUACGUGCUCAGAAAUUUUGGAGGGAAACAGGUGAAUCAUCACCUUCUUACCUUAAACGAUCUAUUACCACUCGAUUAACUAAAAGCUUCGUACCAGAACUAACACAUCCAAUUAGUUCAACCUCUUGUACUUCACCGGAAACCUUAACAGAGGCUGCUCGCAUUUUCUAUCAACAGUUAUAUACUCCUGACAAUAUUGACCUACACGCUACUGACCGCUUAGCUCAAGCUAUAGAUCCUUCUUCCACUCUCAAAAAUUUAAUUCAUCAAUAUUCACUCGCUUCUAAUGCGAAAUUGAACUUUGAGAAAACUCAAGCAUUUUCUCUAUCAGGCAAAUCCAAUCAUUAUUGGACUUCCUUUCUGAAUUCACUGUCCUCCCCUAUUACUUCAUGGCAUGACAAACAUCCUCCACAAGCCUUGACAUAUCUUGGUUAUCCUCUUUAUUCAAGUGCAAGUCAGAGAAACCUUGCUGUUGAUCAAUUAAUACUAAAAAUCCAAACUGGUUGUCAAAUUCAUUCCGAACGUAAUCUGUCGGUAAUAGGUCGAACGGUCGUAAUCAACACUCUUCUACUGUCUAAAUUUUGGCAUGUGUUACGUGUGGUUCCCCUCACAAAGUCCCAGAUCGAUCGUAUUCGUGGUAUAUGUGGCGCCUUCCUUAACGCCUCUCGCUUCCCUCGAAUAGCUUAUCGUAAUUUAAUUCCACAUAAACAUCAUGGUGGAUUAGGAGUGCUGGAUCCAAUGGUUCAACAAAUGAAACUGCAUUGGCGUUGGUUGGCAGAUCUCAUUAUUUCACCAACCAUCUUACAACAACCACAAUAUAUAAGUGCCACAUUUUUACACACCAGUAUUCCGUAUAUCAAAUAUGACUCAUUGCCGCCUAGUAAUAUCGAUCAUGCCGAUCUGUCAUUGGCGACUAUGUUAGACCUGGAUUUAGCUUCCAUUAUUACUUCAACUUCCCAGACUCCAUUCAUUUCACAAAAUGAGUCGUUGAGGUUUACAGUAUUCGCUCGAAAUACCUUAGGGAUGUCCAAAGUGAGAGCUAAGGAUUUCUUUAUUAUCGACUUAGAAACUGGUUUACUUCGACAACGUACUGAUCGUGAAACAAGGUAUCCCAGGUUACUCCAUAAAUUUCGAGUCGCUGUUGGCUCGAAUUCCGUUCGACUUUUGUACAAUUUUUCUCGGCACAUGCAUUUCGUACUUCCUGCCCCUGAUCUUCCAGAUGCUGGCUUAUUCCCUAUUGUCGAAACUCAAAUGCCCUUUUUCAUUCGUUUAUUCGAAUCUCCUAAACAUCUUGGUAUUUUGAUACGUGACACUCUGUUUCCUCCUCAAGCAACUACGAAACUUAGUCCUUCUCAAUGGAAUAAAUUUUGGCGUACAUCUCUUCCUCCAGCAGCCCAUACCGUGUGGUUUCGAACAAUUCACGAUAAAAUCCCCACCAAAAGUCUACUUAAUCAUCUAAUUCCAGACACUCAUCCAUCACCUGAAUGCACUCAUUGUCAUCAUCCCGAGGAUAAUCUCAGACAUUUUAUCUAUGAAUGUCCCAUCAAACGGCAUAUCUGGCAUACAACUAUUACUACCUUUUUCCCCAGAGUACAAAUUACUUCUCAACAGCUAUUGUCUUUGUUGUUCUCUCUAGAUUAUGGAGAAUUCAAAGAUUUGACCUCUCCUGUGGCUUCCUCUGUUUCCUUUUUAUCUGUUGUUGGUUGUAUUUUACUCAGCCUGUGGAAAAAUCAUUGGCGAUCGGUUUUCGAUAAGCAUCCUUUUAGUUCCGAUAUUCUUCUUCCUUUUUGCUCGGCUGUCAUUUGGCAAUUACACUUUCAAAAUAAAGCAGACAUAUAA